AAGGGUGAGUUCUCGAGUGGCGUCAUUUAUCCGGACGAGCAGCAUGAACUCACACCACCACUUCCGCCGAACCCCGCAAAGAACUUUAUUUGCACCGUCGGUGGUGGAUGGGAAGGACUUCUUUUGGAGAAGUGGCCGAAUGGAUGGGAGACGACCAACACCGUCGAGCUCUGGGCUAUUCCCACCUUGACCAUACGGACGGAAUUUAACAGUUUACCAAAGUCGUUACAAAACUCGAUUCUGAUGCUUGCCCGUACAACGCAGAUGCACGCUCUUUGCUUGCCAUCCAUUGUGGUGGCGAAACUGCCACCCAUGAGUUCUUUUCUGCCACCCGAGAAACGCCUCACAAAACAGGGCUUGGGAAUUGAGAAGAGUCCCUCUCAGGAAAAGAGUGCCGCAUCUCACUCACGCAGGUAUGCUGGGAGUGGCCAAUCACACGAGCGUUCCACAGCAACAGGCAGUAGGCGCGGACGCGCCGCCGGUGAUCUCUCGGGAUCGCAUGCAAGUAUACUAAGCGGAUCAUCAGCAUUUUUUUCUACGAAUGACACAAGCGGCUCAAAGAGAAAAAAUUUACCGAAAUUGACGUCGCGGCCCCCAGGCCCUGACUCCAAUGCAAAGAAAAGCCUACGCCGAUGGACCGGGGGAAAAGAUAUAAAAAAGGUGGCUGAAACCAAAGAAGUGGCGUUUGCUGGGGAGGAGACGCCUAUUGAAGCACCAAAACCCAAGGCGGGACCUCCGCCGCUCCUUUUUAUUCGAAAGAACGCUUCCAAGGGGGUAGAAAAGCCGCCCAUAAUUACCCCCGAGAUGUGUGCGAUUUAUGCUGGACAGGAGCCACAGAAAGGCAUCAUUCAAUACCCGCAACUGCCAGAAAACAAACGCAAGGUAAAGGUCAGAAAUUUUAUGAUGCCUGCCGAUCAAAAACCUAGCUGGCCAGUGGUAGCUGGGGGGAAGAAGCAGUGGUUUCAGGUGGUACCAAGUUUUGCUCCCCUUCCAGGUACAAUCCAUAACCAAAGCUACAUAGCCAGUGUACCAAACCUCUUGCCGAACGCAGCGUUGAUGGUAAAACGAGAUAAAGGGUGUGGCGAAGUAUUGGCCUCUCAAGCAAACUACUUUGCAUUUCUGGCACACAGAAAGCGUCAGCAUGAAAUGGGAUGUGAAUCACCAUCACCACCCUCAGCUGCUGAACCAAAAAUCUCUUCUUCUGACGCAAGAUCACUUUCGCCGCAAAUCAUGGGUCGGCCCGUUCCUGGGCGACAUGUGUAUUGUGUGUAG